AUGAAAUUAAAUCUCAAGAAGGUUUCGAUCCUUUUUAUCUCAUUAUUUGUAAUUUGUUCAUCGGCCAUUCCAGCAAGAAUUCAUAAUGUUGAUAAUGAUGAACAUCUUCAUUUGAGAGCCUAUACUAAUGAAAUUCAAAAGCGUCAUGAACCGUUUAAAAUUAUUCAAACCGAUUAUUUUAAACCUUUUGUACAUUUACCUUUUACUAAUAAACCAGUAACUCGUUAUUAUCAAUUGACAUUAAAAAAAGUUAAAUUAUCUCCUGAUGGUUUUGAAAGAACUGUUUGGAGUGUAAAUGGUCAAUAUCCUGCUCCAAUUAUUCGUGCAAAUAAAGGAGAUAGGAUGAUCAUAAAUGUUGAAAACAAAUUUGGUGAUCCAGCAGCCGUCCAUUGGCAUGGUGUGUUCCAACAUGGUACAAAUUGGUACGAUGGAGUUCCAGGACAAACUCAAUGUCCAAUUCCAAAUGAUGUUUCAUUUAUUUACAAUUUUACUACUGGAGACCAACACGGUACCUUUUGGUAUCAUUCUCAUUUUAUGGCACAAUACGCUGAUGGUUUACGAGGAGCAUUAAUUGUCCACGAUCCAGAUGAUCCAUAUUUAAAAGAAUAUGAUUAUGAAUAUGUCAUUACAUUAUCUGACUGGCAUCAUAGAACAACUGGUGAAAUCUUACCAAAUUUCAUAUCUCCAACUUAUACUGGUAAACGACCCGUUCCUGAUUCACCACUUUUGAGCGGUCGUGGUAGAUAUAACUUUUAUAAUGUUAAAAAGAAUAAAAAAUAUAGAUUUCGUAUAAUCAAUUCUGCAGCAGAUGCUUUCUUCAUAUUCUCUAUUGAUGAACAUAAAUUAAAACUUAUUGAAUCAGAAGGUAUAUAUAUUAAACCAACUAUUAUUGAAAAAUUACCUAUUAAUGUUGGACAACGUUAUUCUGUAAUUGUUAAUGCUGAUCAACCGAUUGGAAAGUAUUGGAUUCGUGCAACUAUUGAUAAAAGAUGUGUCCUAAUUAAUAAUGCGACAAUUAAUUUUAAUUCUUCUAUUGAUUGGAAUGGUCUUGGUAUUCUUAAAUAUGAAGGAUCAAAAAAUGAUAAACCUAAAUCAAAAGAAUUUCCCGAAAAUUUCAAAAUUUGUCGUGAUCCUGAUCCAAAACAUUUGAAAACUCUUCAACCCGUUACAAAAUAUGAUGGAAAUGUUAGUGAUUUUUUCAAUAUUACCGUUAAAUUUCAAAGAGAAGGUGAUGGAAUAGUAAAAGCUGUAAUGAAUAAUAGUUCAUUCAUACCACAAUUUAAUGAUCCAACCAUAAAUAAAAUUAUAAGACAUAUCCCACCAGAUGAAUUACCAAAAGAACAAAAUUCAUUAAUUUUUGAUAAUAAAAAUGGUAUAGUAGAAAUUGCUUUAUGGAAUAAUAAUACUGAUGAACAUCCAUUUCAUAUGCACGGACACGUUUUUGGCGUAAUGUUUGUUGGUGAAAAAAAUGAAUAUCCUGAUGAAAAAAAAUAUGAUAAGAAAAAUCCUGUAAUUCGUGAUAAUGUGACCGUUCCUGGUUUUGGAUAUUUGGUUAUACGUUUCAUCGCUGAUAAUCCUGGUAUUUGGGCUUUUCAUUGUCAUAUUGAAUGGCAUGUAGAACUUGGUAUGGUUCUUCAAUUAGUAGAACUACCUAGUAUUUUAAUGAAUGAAACUAUACCAAAUGAUGCUUCAUCUUUAUGUUUUAAAAAUGAUUAUCAAAAGAAGAGAAAUCCUACGACACCAUUUCAUAAUCGGGAAAGAAUGUUUAAUCCUGUUAUAAUUAAUGAAAUUAGAAGAGAUAUUAAUAAAAUCAGAUAG